AUGGAAAUUGAUAAAGUAAAAAAGUUUUACAAUGAAGAAAGUAAUAAUCUUGAUUUACCUGAUCUUGAUAGAAAUCUAUGUGGGUUAUACACUCUUUAUACCUGUGAUGAAGAGUAUAUUAAAAAACACUCUAACUUGAUAGUUAAUUCUUAUGAUUACUGUGCUAAUAAUAUUUUCUGUGGUAAAAUAUUUAGACCUUGUAAAUUUGAUAAAAUUAGAGAUAAAAUUAAUAUCUUUGAUGAGUCGUGUUUAAACUUAGCAAUGGAAUAUUCAUUUGAUCAGAGGUAUCGUCAAUUUGCUAAGAGAAAAAAACAUUAA